GAAUGAGUUGUAGCAGAUCUGGAUGGCUGGAGCCUCUAGUUCCACAGAGACACUGAAGCCCGGAAGUCACUGGAGACAUCUGGUGACUGGAUCUGAAUGCAGAUGGAACUGCACCAAACUGGAUGGCUGGAGCCAGUAGUUCCACAGAGACACUGAAGCUAGGAAGUCAUUGGAGACAGCUGGUGACUGUAUCUGAAUGCAGAUGGAACUGCACCAAACUGGAUGGCUGAUGCCUGUAGUUCCACAGAGCUAAUACACAGGGGAAUCUCUGAUGACAGGAGACUAGAGUCAGGAGACACUUGUUCACAGGAUGUAAUGCGUUGUUCAAGGCAAUGAUACUGAGCAGGAACUCUGAGUAUAUACCCCCUGAUCAGCAGGGUUUGGAGAAUCAAGUCAUGUGAGCGCUCCAAUGCUCAGGAGUGGAUAGCACCAAGUCAGCUGACUGCAGGUGUCAUGGCAGUACCCAUACUGUGGAGAUGGUGGGAAUACAUCAGGGUACACACUGUAUGGCGAGCGGGGUACACACUGGAGAGAGUCUCUGCACAUUGCAGGCAAUCAUGGAACAUGCUGCCAGGCUGGGAAUGUGACCUCCGGCGGCCAGUACAUCAGAGCACUGAUAUUCUCCAGAGAGUUUUGUCUUGGGGUGGUCAGAAUUUGAUUUUAUGGGGAGAUUUCAACACGGUCGUCGAUCCAUCCAUGGACAGGUCGGGGGUGGAGGCAAUGGAGGAACUCCUGGGAAAAUUUCAGGACAGGUACCCCGCCUAUGAGAAGAGAGCCCAGAUUCCACUGUGUGACAUAGGACAGAGAUGUGCAGUGAAGCAAGGUCCCAGAAUUGGCAAGCUGUGUGACUGCUCCCGGGGCUCAUCCUGCAACUCUUUCCUGUUGAAGUGCAUAUGAAGAGAACAAGCAUCAUUUGCAGUCCCUCAAUUUCUAGACCACAUAGUAACCUUUGGUCAACAGAUCAGUAUCUUCAUUGCUUGCCUAUAUAAAACAUUCCUUCUCAAUGUAAAAGCAAGCUCACAUACGUACAUCAGAGAUCUGCUUUUCCUAAGCAUUACAAGAGAAUCCAAAGAAGCUAAGUUGAUAACAUUUAACUAUUUUUGCCAUUAGUCUGAUAUAUUGAUAUAUGUGUCAUUUAUGUUUGUUAUUAUUUAUGUCCGUUCUAGGCUGUGGAAGUUACUUGGUGGUUUAUUUGAUAUAUUACAAUUCACUUCUUAUGUUGACCUACUAAUAUAUGCCCAUUCGUAAACAUUACAAAUAAAAUAUACUUUAAAACUA